AUGUUAAAAAGGCUACAAAGUAAUACUUAUUGCAACAAAAUACUUGACUGUUUUUUAGUUGCCGAUGCAAUUAAAAGCACAACUAUAGAGGCAAUGAAAAUCUUGAAUACUCAACCUAAAGUUACUAUUAUCUUACCAACAAACAUGGCUGGGAAAGCAAGAAUAGAUAGUGCUAACUACGUGGCCAAAAAGCGUAAAGUGUUUGAACAACUUGGUAUUCCUAUGCAAGUAAUAAAAAUUUCAUCACAAUAUAAUGAAAUUCAUGUUAAAACAAUCAUUAAAGAUUUAAGUAAUGAUCCUAGCAAUACCGGUAUUAUUGUACAAUUACCAUUUCCGUCCGAUUUUUCAGUCAAUAAGAAUAAUAUUUUAGAUGCAAUCCCUAUUUAUAAAGAUAUUGAUGGAUUAUCUUUAUGUUCUACGGGUAAUUUAUUUGAUUUGAAUAAAGGCAUAAAACCUGCUACUCCACUUGGUAUUUGUAGUAUUUUCGAUUAUUAUAACAUCCCAACUGAGGGUAGGCAUAUUGUAAUUAUGGGCAAAGGUCAACUCGUAGGACAACCACUUGCUUGCAUGCUAAUGAGUCCUCCAUAUAAUGCUACUAUAACAACUUGUGAUAUACACACUGAAAAUAUAAAAGAAAUUACUAAAAGUGCGGAUAUUUUAAUCGUUGCUAUCGGUAGAGCUCUUCACGUAAAUGAAGACUUUGUUAAGCCUGGUGCUAUAGUAAUUGAUGCAGGUAUUAAUAAAAUACCAUCAAACUUUACUAAUGGAAAUGCAAAAAUUGUAGGUGAUGUAAAUCAUUCAGUAUAUGAAAAAUGUAAACAUUACACACCAGUACCAGGAGGUGUUGGUUUACUUACCGUUAAUUCAUUAGCUUUUAAUGUUGUCAAUUCUGGCAUUUUGCAACAAGGAUUACCAUAUUUAAAUCUAUCUCAGUUAAUAAGAGAAAAAUAUUCAAUCGAGACAGUUAAAAAAAUUAGUUUGGCUAAUCAUCAAAAAUCUUUUGCUAAAGCAACUGAAAGGAAAAAGUUAAACCUUUUACUAUUCUCUUCUGCUUAUAAUGGUAUAACACAGAGAAUAAAAAAUGAAUUACUUCGCCUUGGACACUCAGUAACAUUUCAAAUAGCCAACUCAGAUGACAUGAUGCGUUCUGCUUUUUUGCAGUAUAAACCUGAUCUGAUCAUUUGUCCGACACUUAUGAAAGCCAUACCUGAAGAUAUCUAUACUAAAGUAAAAUGUCUUAUUGUCCAUCCUGGAAUUAAGGGCGACAGAGGUCCUUCCUCAUUAGAUUGGGCUAUUAUUGAUAAAAAAGAUGAAUGGGGUGUCACUAUCCUUGAGGCCGAUAAAGAAUUGGAUGCAGGUGCCAUUUGGGCAAGUGAAAACUUUUUGGUUCCAAAUAUUGUUACUAAAACUCAUUUAUAUAAUUCUCAUGUUAUUGAUAUUGCUUCCAAAAUGGUACUUGAGUGUGUUGAAAAGUUUCAAAUAUCUGAUUUUAAACCCGAACUAUUAAAUUACAAUAAUAUUUCUGUUAAAGGCCGACUUCAUGAAACCAUUAAACAAACACAUUAUAAUAGACAAAUAAACUGGAAAACAGAUACUACUGAAAUUAUUUUAAGAAAAAUACGUGCAGCUGAUAGUCAACCUGGAGUUAAAGCUGAGAUCGAUCUUAAUAGUCAAAAAAUCACGAGGUUCUUAUAUGAUGCUCAUGAUGAAAAAAUAAUUAAUAAAGAUUUGGCUGUAGAACCUGGAAGAAUUCUUGCAAAACGAGAUGAAGCUAUUUGUAUUUCUACAAAAGAUGGUACAUUUUGGGCCUCUCAAUUACGUUCUCUAAAAACAAAAGCAAAACCUUGUCCAUUUAAGCUACCAGCCACCAUACAGUUAGGUGAACUAUCUGAAAAUAUUCCUAUAAUUGAUCAUGAACAUACUCUUAUGUCACCAACUCUCGAUACUUUUCGAGAGAUAGGUUUUGAGUUAUUUAAUUCCUAUGGUGUAUUAUAUUUCAAUUUUUAUAACGGGGCUAUGAAUACUUUACAAUGUGAAAGGCUUAUAAAAGCUAUUAAAAAAUGUCAAAAGAUGCCUAUUAAAGGGUUAAUCCUUGCUGGUAAUGAGAAUAAUUGGUCAAAUGGUAUUAAUUUGAACGUUAUUCAGCAUGCUACUAAUCCAAGCAUAGAGGCAUGGGAAAAUAUUAAAGCAAUAAAUAAAGUUGUUAAGGAAAUUAUUAAACUUACAGACAUAAUAACAGUAGCGGCAGUACAAGCUAAUGCUGGUGCAGGUGGCGUUUAUUUGGCCCUCGCAACUGAUUUUUCUUUUGCUAAACCAGGAGUUGUUUUAAAUCCUCAUUACAAGAAUAUGGGUUUAUAUGGCUCAGAGCUACAUACUUAUACAACAUCUAAACGUAUAGAAAUGUCUAUACUAAAACAACUUAAAGAAAAUGCAAAUCCAAUGCUUGCUAUUGAAGCAAAUGAAAUUGGGUUAUUUGAUAAUUUGAUGCAAAAGAACCCUAAACUAACUUUUUUAGAUAAUGUUAAGGGAUUCAUGGACACUAUUGUUGCUGACACAUCAAAAUUAAUGAAAUUUAUUGAAAAUAAACAAGCUAUUCGUAUGCAAGAUGAAUUAGCAAAGUCAUUGGAUGAAUAUGAAAAGCAUGAAUUAGAAGAGAUGCAUAAGGACAUAUUUGAGAAUCGCAACAACUUUCAUGAAAAGAGAUAUGCAUUCGUUACAAAAUCCUUCUUAAAUAGAUAA